AUGAGCACAUACGCAGCUGGCAGCAAAUGCAGUCACAUGGUGGCACGAGGUAUAUCCAUGCCGAUCCCAGUCUUUGGACUACAGGAUGAUUCGAAGGUCUUUAAGGAGGGGAGCUGCCUGCUCGCUGAUGACAACUUUGUGCUCAUAGGCUCUUUUGUGUCGUUUUUCAUCCCCCUCACCAUCAUGGUCAUCACCUACUUCCUCACUAUCAAGUCACUUCAGAAAGAAGCCACCUUGUGUGUGAGUGACCUGAGCACUCGUGCCAAAUUAACCUCCUUCAGCUUCCUCCCUCAGAGUUCUCUGUCAUCAGAAAAGCUCUUCCAACGGUCCAUCCACAGGGAGACAGGCUCCUACGCAGGCAGGAGGACGAUGCAGUCCAUCAGCAAUGAGCAGAAAGCGUGCAAGGUGCUGGGCAUCGUGUUCUUCCUGUUUGUUGUCAUGUGGUGUCCCUUCUUCAUCACCAAUAUCAUGGCGGUCAUGUGCAAAGAGUCCUGCAAUGAAGACGUCAUCGGAGCCCUGCUCAAUGUGUUCGUGUGGAUUGGCUACCUCUCCUCAGCCGUCAACCCACUGGUCUACACACUGUUCAAUAAGACUUACAGGUCGGCCUUCUCACGGUACAUCCAGUGUCAGUACAAAGAAAACAGAAAGCCACUGCAGUUGAUUUUAGUGAACACUAUACCAGCACUGGCCUACAAGUCUGGUCAACUCCAGGCGGGACAAAAAAAGGAUUCCCAGGAAGGUGCUGAGCCGACGGGUAACGACUGCUCUAUGGUUACACUAGGAAAACAACACUCAGAAGAGACUUGUACAGACAAUAUUGAAACCGUGAAUGAAAAGGUUAGCUGUGUGUGAGGAGCUGGAUGCUGUGACAACUGCCCAGGUCGCUCAACCAAGUUUAUACCCGCGUGUGUAGGGGGAGGGUUAAGGAGGCUGGGACAAAGUAGA